UAUUUUUACUACCAUAAAUUGAAAAAGAUACACCUCACCGGACUAUCUCCAUAGUCCAUAUCGUCAAAUUUUCAAUUCGGCUGCUGUGUGCGCAUAUACAUACAAAUCUAUAUAUCUAUACAUUUCUCUCCGGCAGCGAUCGGAAAAUGGGAAGAGAAGUGUCGGAGAGUUGUAUAGAUAGUUUACUUACAGAGAUCGUUUCUUCAUAUUCCACUCGCUUCUACGCUAACAAACCUGAACUCGCCGCUCGUACUAUCGAAGCUAUUGGUUAUCAGGUCGGCCAUCAGCUCUCCGAGAGGUAUACAAUGGACCGGCCUCGGUUUAGUGAUCACCUAGAAGCAAUCAAGUUUAUCUGCAAGGACUUUUGGUCUGAGCUCUUUAAGAAGCAGAUAGAUAACUUGAAGACCAAUCAUAGAGGUACAUUUGUAUUGCAAGAUAAUCGCUUCCGCUGGCUUUCACGCGUGUCUAAUCCAAUACUGGACGAGGCGAGUGCUAAAGAUCCUGAAGCACUUGCUCAAAACAAAGCAGCACAGGCUGAAACCAGUGCAGCACAAGCAACAAGCAUGCUUCUCUACUUUCCCUGUGGAAUUAUAAGGGGAGCGCUAUCAAAUUUGGGAAUCCCUUGUGCAGUUUCCGCAGACAUAUCCAACCUCCCUACCUGUUCGUUUGUAGUCCGUAUAAAGGCAUGACGAUCUCUAUCUGAAAGAAGAGAUGGAUUAUAACAUGUGGAUGUUCUCAACACCCCAGGAAGUUCUGUAUUAUUUCCCUGUUAUCAUACAAUGUAAUUCAUAUCCUACUGUUGGGAACAAUCAGAUUUUUUCCAGCAGAAUGUGUAGCAAAACUUUGUUUUCUCAAUGCUUGUUCUCAUGCACAGAAUAUCUUCUUUGUUUCUUCGGUAUAGUUCAAGUCGGGUUUGAUC